AUGCCCAGUUUUGCCAAGUACUUGAAAGACCUGCUGACCAAGAAGAAGACGGUGCAACAUGAAACCGUCCGUCUAACUCACACUUGGAGUUCUAUUAUUUCAACAACUACUGUCCAAAAAAAGGGAGAUCCUGGGGCAUUCACCAUUCGUUUUUCUGUUGGGUACAAUUUUGCUCAUGCUCUGUGUGAUGUUGGGGCGAGUAUAAAUUUGAUGCCAUUUGCUAUUUACAAGCAAUCAGGUUUAGGGAUGCCAAGGCCGACUACUAUGAGAUUACAGAUGGCUGAUAGAUCUAUUAAGAGGUCGGUUUGCGUGCUUGAUGAUGUUUUUAUGUGGGUUGGUAAAUUUAUAUUGCCCGCUCAUUUUGUGAUUCUUGACUGUGCUGUUGAUCGGGCCAUUCCUAUUAUUUUGAGGAGACCUUUCCUUGCUACGGGAAGAGCUCUGAUGGAUUCAGAAAAGAAUGAAAUAAAAUUCAGAGUCAAUGAUGAGGAAGUUACUUUUCAGGCAACUGUGGAAUUCAAGAUGGAAGAGGAAAGUUUGGGAAAAUCUCUUGCUAUGAUUCUUGUAAAUUUUGAUGCUGAAGACAUGAAGGGUUAUGUAGAGAUGGUUAAUUCGCUGGUUGGGUUGGUCUCAUAUUCUUACCACCCAAAGAAGCUUACUCUUGAUCUGAAAAAUAGAACAACUCCUCCAUUAAAGACUUCUAUCAUUGAGCCACCGAAGCUUGAGCUUAAGAGGCUCCCAUCCCAUUUGAAGUAUGAGUUCCUUGGUCCAAAUAAUACGUCAUCAAUGAUUGUUUCAGCAUUGCUGAUUGAGGAGUAG